GCUGCUGGGGCGCGGACAGGAAGCGGCGGCGGCGGCGGCAGCGGGAGCGGCAGGAUGGAGGCGGUGUACAGCUGUUGACGAGUUGUGUUAAGAUGCCUUCACGUAACAAUGCUACCGCUGGGGUCUCCAGCAGCAAGGUGAAAUACUCCAAACUCGCCGAGAGCGAUGACGGCUACAUUGACCUUCAGUUUAAGAAGCAUACUCCAAAAGUUCCCUACAAGGCAAUUGCUCUUGCCACUGUUCUCUUCCUGAUUGGCACGUUGCUGAUUACAAUCAGUGCCCUUCUGCUGACCGGAUACAUUAACAGUACGUACAGCGACACAACCUGGCCAGUGCUGAUCAUCGGGAUCCUGGUCUUCCUUCCUGGCUUUUACCAUCUCCGUAUUGCAUACUACGCCGCCAGGGGAUACCGAGGUUACUCUUAUGAUGACAUACCAGACUUUGAUGACUGAAUGCAAUUCCUUCCCUUUGGUUGAGUGCUGCAUCUAGUCUCAUCCCAGUCCUAGCAAUGACGGAUUUAAUCAGGAAACUUCAAUUCGCAAUGGCAGAGGUUGACCUAAUUGAAUUGCAGCUACAACGUAAUGAUGCUGUGAGCAGUGGUCGCUUUGCUCUGUUGCGACUCCAUUUUCAGAUGCUCUGAUUCAAGUAUUUCCAGUUGUUCCUUUUGAAGAGGUUUUCAGAGUACUUCUCGUUCACAUUAAAGAUAUGUGUCAUAUACGGGUGUGUUUGCACCAGGUCCCUAUCCGAAUCAAACUUGUGUACUCUACCCCCUAAUGAAGCAAAGGGAGACUCCAAAUCUCUUCCCCAAAAAAGUGACAAUGUCAGGGUAACCCAAACAGCAGAGAGAACCAUUACUGUAUCUCAGGCAAGAAAGGCUUUAACAAGAUUAUCUGUUUCUCAGAGCAACCGAGAGUACAUUGAACGAAAAAUAUUGCCCCAUUCAUUAGAAUCAUAGUCAUACAGCACGGAAACAGGCCCUUUGGCCCAACUUGACCAUGCAAACCAAGAUGCCCCAAUUACACUUGGCCCACCUGCCUGCAUUUGGCCCAUACCCCACUAAACCUCUCCUAUCCAAUUAAAGUAAGGCCUAAUCAUAUCAUUAGCCUAAUAAACAUUUUUAUUAUGUUGAA